AUGGACUCCCAACCUGCCCAACUGACAAUAAAUCAUGAUGGAGCCACAACUGACGAUCGUAGCCAGAGAAACAGGGGAAUUGGACUGCCUAGGAAGUCUCCGUCGACGCCUGAGGUGCGUGGAUCGUUCGAUAAUAUGCGGAGAAUCGAUGCUGUACCGCUGCCGAAGCACGAGUUAACGCGCAAUGUUUCAUCCACUCUCGAUGGUUCGUCGGUGGACAAUGCGGAGGCAAGCCUUAGCGUAAUCGACAUCUACGGUGAUGAGGUGGAAUCUCGCCGAACAAAUGAUCUGGAAGCUCAGGAGUCCAACGGUGUCUCCAACGGUGGAAGUGGUACUUCUCUGGCGGUAUUUUCCCGCAGCAGAAGCAAUGGCACAGAGGAGCAGAGCUUUGACAGAUACGGGUUUAAGAAACAGAGCAAUUUCAUAAGCGAGAAGGAAUACAACGAAUGGUGGCAAGACUACUCUCAGUAUUGCGUACGUCGGAAGCAUAAGUGGAAGCUAUUCAUGGAGAAAAGCGGACUUCCUCUGGACAACGACUCGCCUUAUAGAUUUCCCUCCCGCAGUGAAAAGUUGAGAAGAUACGUGAGGAAGGGUAUUCCUGCAGAAUGGAGAGGUAACGCAUGGUGGCACUUUGCCCGUGGCCAGGAGAAGUUGAAUAAGAACAGGGGCUUGUAUGACCGAUUACUGUCGCAAAUGAACGAGAAGGGCAAGAAGAAGGCUAUCACGGAUCUGGAUGUCAUUGAGCGCGACCUGCACAGAACUUUUCCAGACAAUAUUCAUUUUCAGCGGGAGAAGUUCCAGGACGACGAGCCAACCAUGAUACGGGCGCUGAGGAGAGUGCUAGUGGCCUUUUCUUGGUAUAAUCCGAAAAUUGGUUACUGCCAAUCAAUGAAUUUCCUCGCUGGGCUUCUGCUUCUCUUCUUGGAUGAGGAGAGGGCUUUUUGGAUGUUGGUAAUUAUUACUUCCAGAUAUCUGCCUGGCGUCCACAACGUGAACUUGGAAGGUGUCAAUAUCGAUCAAGGUGUCCUGAUGCUAUGCGUUAAAGAGUACCUGCCUGAGUUUUGGCGCUUCAUCGUCCCAUUCCCCAACCAACCCGGUUCUCUCUCCUAUAGCCAAAACCCUUCACUCGGAAAGAAUGAGUUUCUGUACAAGCUUCCGCCUAUCACACUCUGCACAGCCAGUUGGUUUAUGGGCUGCUUUGUUGGUGUUCUGCCAAUAGAAAGUACCCUGCGAGUGUGGGAUUGUCUGUUCUAUGAGGAGUCUCAUUUUCUGUUCAAGACAUCGCUGGCUAUCAUGAAGCUGAGCGAGCAAGAACUGUCGAAAGGCAAACCACUUAGGGCUCUGAGGCAGUAUUCGAUGUCCAACGGCAACGAAAAUAGCAGGGAGAUACAAUCCAGUCAGGAUGAGGCUGAAAUGGAAAUUUUUCAGAUAGUUCAAACGUUUCCGAAGCGGCUACUCAAUCCUAAUGAUAUAUUUGACAAGAUUAUCUUCAAGAAGCGGAUACCACUGAAUAAACUGGAUCAGAAUGAAAUCGAUCGAUGUCGUAAGUACGUGGCUGCCCAAAGGCAGAAGUAUAAGAACUUUCAUGAAAUCAUGGGCAAUGACCGCACAAAUAGUGGCAAUAGUCUCUCAGGAACCGCAGAUCUAGCAAAUAAUAGAAAUUUCGAAAUGAAUGUCGAAGAUAAUGGACUGAGAAUCAGGUCAUCAGAUCUCGACAGCGAUAAGACCGCCAGCGAGUUGAUCAACAGCGCCCUUUCCUCCGAGGUCUACGGGUUCAAGAGAGGGUUGAGCGGAGUUCAUUGGAAUAAUAGCAUAAAGGAAAAGGUUAGACAGAUGAGAAAGAAAAAGGUCAUCAGCGAUGAACAACUGAAAUCGAGCAAUUGA